ACCACCGCCACCACCACCACCACUGGCAUACAGUCAGACUCGUGACUACACCGAUCCCGUCAUUCCACCUUCCCUUUUGCGACGGACGUUGAUCAUCUCUGCGCUCGACACGCCAAGCUUCACACAUACACGCGCCCGCGCACCAUCAUGCAGGUAGUCAAGUCCAUCUACGGCGACGCUCCAUCCGCCCAGGGUCGUCCAGGCAACAUUUUCGAUUUCCUCCUGACCAAUCCCUACAAUAUUCCCUCCUCCAACGUAGCCUUUGUGCGAGCCAGCGAUGGCAAAACCUUGACGCGCGCUGAUCUCUUCCAAUCUUCCCGUCGACUAGCGUGGGCAUUCAAAAACGUUUUGUAUCUUCAAGCAGGUGAUCGAGUGGCCCUCUUCUCUCCCAACAGCACCACUUAUCCCAUCGUCGUGCUGGCAGCGCUGUGCGCCGGCAUCACCAUCGUACCUCUGAACCCCAUCUAUUCCGGUCAAGAAUUUGUUCAUCCCGUAAAAGAUGCAGGUGUAAAGUAUGUUUUUGCGCAUCCCGCCGUAGCUCACGUGGCCAGGGAAGGUCUGCAGCUGGCUCAAGUGCCCGAAAGGAGGGGUGAUCAUCAAACGCUGUGGUUGGUGGAUGAGACGGAUGAGCUGGCGAGGGGCGAGAAUGGCGAAAAGGAUGUGAGGAGCUUGAUGGGCGAGCAGGAACUGCAAACGCAUCACGUGGCAGAUCCCAAGGACACCGAAGCCUUUGUGGCUUACAGCUCCGGAACCAGCGGGAUGCCCAAAGGCGUACAAUUGACCCACCUCAACAUGACAUCCGUCACCAUCGCCAUCGAUAUUGGCGUUGGGGAGGACUUCAACUCUCGCGAUACGCACCUAGCCGUGCUGCCCAUGUUUCACAUCUUCGGCCUAUCAAAGUUUCUUCACCAUGCCCUCUACGCUGGCAUCAGAACAGUGGUUCAGCCAAAGUUUGAAUUGGAGCAAUUCUUGAAGGCUAUCCAGACGUACAAAGUCACGUGCUGCUUCGUCGUACCUCCCAUGCUCGUCCUCAUCGCCAAAUCGCCAGUGGUGGAAAAGUACGAUAUCAGCACGCUGGCAAAGGUCCUUUGCGGCGCAGCUCCUCUCAGCGCCGAGCUGGGAGACGAGGUGCAGAAACGGUGCCCGCACAUCAAACUAUCACAAGGCUACGGUCUCUCCGAGACAUCGCCAUCAGCAACGCUGAUACCCACAAAGGAUUAUCACAAGUACAAGGGCAGCGCGGGUCGCUUGUUGGCUGGUGUAGAGGCUAGAUUGGUGACGGAGGAGGGCAAAGAUGUGGCUCACGAACAAGGGACAGAAGGCGUGCCUGGCGAACUCUGGUUGAGAGGCCCAACCAUCAUGAAAGGCUAUUUGAAUAGGCCCGAAGCGACGGCAGAUUGCAUCGACAAGGACGGCUUCUUCCAUACGGGAGAUGUUGCCAUUCUGAAGGAUAAUCAUUUCUACAUUGUAGAUAGGGUCAAGGAGCUGAUCAAGUACAAGGGUUUCCAGGUAGCUCCUGCAGAGUUGGAAGGUUUGCUGCUACAGCAUCCGCAAGUGGCCGAUGCGGCCUGUAUCGGCGUCUACUCCAAAGCUCAAGCUACGGAAUUUCCCCGAGCUUACGUGGUGCCCAAAGAGGCGUCUAUGUGGAAGGAACAAGAAAAAGCCAAAGCAUUUGCAGAGGAGAUUGUGAGCUGGGUGAAUGGCAAGGUGGCGAACCACAAGAGGCUUAGAGGAGGUGCAGUCAUCGUAGAAGCUGUACCCAAAUCCCCUUCAGGCAAGAUUCUCAGGAGAAUCUUGCGCGAUCAAGCACAAAAAGAAGCGGAUGCUGCUGCUUCAUCCUCCUCAAAGCUGUGAUGGAUGAAGGAAGCAGCAUGAGAAACAUUGAUACGUCCUCCCCCCCCCUCCCCCUCGUCCGCCCCUUCUUUGCUUAAUUUCCGCGCGGCGGGACCCCCCCCCCAAUGGACACGCGGUACGGUAC